GACCGGAAUGAACAGCCGUCAGAAUGAUGGUUAUUUUUUAUUACCCGUGAGAGGAAACGGAACAUUUCAUACGGAUUUUUUUGGCGGAUUUAAGAUCGUUGAUUAAAAGGCUUUCCCCCCCCCCCAGAAAUGGCGAAAACGGACAUCAAAGGUCGAUGGCUGGAUGUGUGGAUUUCUUUUUGUCUGGCUCUGCUGAUUGCGACUCAUUUGGAGGGAAUCUCUGCUCAAAUCCGGUAUUCAAUUCAGGAAGAAUCAAAAUUAGGCACGACCGUUGGAAAUGUGGCCAAAGACCUUGGAUUAGAUCUUGGAAGAUUGGCGGAUAGGAAUCUCCGCGUCGUGUCAGGAACAAAGCAGGAUCUGUUUAAGGUAAAUCCGAGAGAUGGAUUUUUGUUAGUGAACCAGAAAAUAGACAGGGAGGAGCUGUGUGCCAACACUGCUCCGUGUAUCACAAAUCUGAAAGCAGUUGUAGAAAAUCCCCUCGAGAUGCACCAAGUAAUAGUUGAAAUACUCGAUGUAAACGACAAUUCGCCCAAAUUCCCCGAGGAAAACUACACAUUAGAGGUGCUGGAGUCCGCCAUAGUUGGAUCUCGGUUUCAAAUGGAAGGAGCACACGACUUGGAUGUUGGUUUGAAUUCCUUACAAUCAUAUAAACUCAACCAUAACCAAUAUUUUCGCCUGGAAACAGAGGAAUUUGGGGAGGAUGGAAAGGUCCCAUUCCUAAUUUUACAGCGACCUUUGGAUAGAGAACACACCGCUCAACAUUGGUUACAAUUAACAGCUAAUGAUGGGGGGAAACCACCAAAAUCUGGUACUAUUAAUAUCACAGUUAUUGUGUCUGAUGUAAAUGACAACUCACCAGUGUGUGAUAAACAGAAAUACACCAUAACAAUAAAAGAAAACGCACCUGCAGGCACAUUUCUGCUUGCAGUAAACGCAUCAGACUCGGAUGAGGGGCUGAACGGUGAGAUCGAAUAUUCUUUACGGAGCAAACUGAGAGGUCUCUCAUCUGAACCGUUUGAUUUGGAUAGCAGAAGUGGCAAACUAACGGUGAAAGGGGGCCUUGAUUAUGAGGAAAAGCAAGUUUAUGAGAUUAAGGUGCUGGCUGCCGACAAGGGCGCCGUGUCUCUCUCCACACACUGCAACGUGGUUGUUAGAGUGGAGGACGUGAACGAUAAUCGGCCCGAAAUAGACAUCACAUCCCUUUCAAGUCGCAUUCCAGAGAAUGCAUCUCCUGGCACGGUGGUGGCGUUGAUGGGUGUGACGGACCUGGACUCAGGUGUGAACGGACAGGUGGUCUGCAGUGUGCCCGGUCAUUUACCUUUCGACUUAAAGCCGUCACCUGACGGACAGUCAUACUCUUUGGUCACCAAGGACUACCUGGAUAAGGAAACCAUACAUAUGUAUGAUAUCACAAUAACAGCUAAGGACUUAGGGAGCCCUGCGCUGUCAUCUACGAAGGUGAUCCAGGUAGAUGUGCUGGAUGUUAAUGAUAAUAGACCUGUGUUCACUGAAAGCCCAUAUACUUUUUAUGUGCCUGAAAACAAUAAAGCUGGGAUGUCCAUUUUUUCAGUGAGCGCGGAAGAUGCUGAUGGAGGCGAAAAUGCAGCAGUCUCAUAUUCACUCGACCGUAAGAGUCCAGGGCCCACUGUAACUUCCUUUCUAAAUAUCAAUGAAGCCAAUGGCACCAUUUCAGCACUAAAAAGGUUUGAUUUUGAAACACUGAAAACAUUCCAGUUCCAAGUUGUUGCCACAGAUUCUGGAACUCCGUCACUAAGCAGCAACGUCACAGUGAACGUGUUCAUUCUGGAUCAGAACGACAACGCUCCAGUCAUCCUGUAUCCAGUCAGCUCUAACGGUUCUGCUGAAGGUGUGGAGGAGAUUCCCCGCAAUGUGAACGCAGGACACUUGGUGACUAAAGUCAGAGCCUAUGACGCUGAUAUAGGAUAUAACGGCUGCUUACUGUUUUCACUGCAGGAAGUUACUGACCACAGUCUCUUUGGUUUGGACCGCUAUACAGGACAGAUCAGAACACUUCGCUCAUUCACAGAGACAGACGAGGCUGAGCAUAAACUGGUCAUACUGGUGAAAGACAAUGGAAACGUCUCACUCUCAGCAACAGCUACUGUGAUUAUCAAAGUUGUGGAGCCCAAAGAGGCUUUUGCUGCUUCUGAUGUGAAAAGUGCAACUAAAGUUGACGAGGAGGACGAUGUCACAUUUUAUCUGAUCAUAACCCUGGGAUCAGUUUCUGUACUUUUUCUCAUCAGUAUCAUCGUGCUGAUUGCAAUGCAGUGCUCUAAGUCCACAGACUAUACUUCUAAAUAUCUACCAGAGCCUAAUUACGAUGGGACACUGUGUCACAGCAUCCAGUACAGAUCUGGAGACAAACGGUACAUGUUAGUUGGACCCAGAAUGAGUAUAGGAUCUACUAUAGUCCCGGGCAGCCAUGCCAACACACUAGUGCUCCCUGACAGGAGGAGGACAUCUGGAGAGGUAAAUAUUUUCUUUUAAUUAUCUACAUAAUGCUUUCAUACAACCAUUUUAAAUUGUAGUCAAUAGAAGGAGAUGCAUGUUGCCUUUGUUUGCCCUUUUCUCCCUGCUGGUGUGAAAUUGCUGUCCAUGGUUCUGAAAUAUAGAUUUUUUUUGUGGGGGUGAUUUUUUUUUUUUUUUUUGGAAAAACAAUUAAUAGCAGGUAGACCUGUGUGACUAAUCACUCGACCUGUUGUUCUGACUUAAGUUUGUAUUACCCAUCCAGUGAGUAUCCUGAUGUCCAGCCACGUCUUCUAAGUGAAUCCAUAGUGUAUUUAACAAAAUAAGGAUGUGGAGCAGAUUUACAAAGUGUUUCUCUUGUUCUAUCCCGCCUCGAUUACAUUCCUCCGACAUCAUUUUUAAGUUGACGAGGUGACGUGUCAUUCAACAAUUUAUACGAUUGCAGGUGUUACUGUUUGUCUUCAUCAAUUGUCCAAUAACCACACACCUGAGUCGCACCCUGAUUGUGUA